AUGUCUGUUCAUUAUGUUCGAUCGCUUUCACCAUCGAAAAGAGAAGGUCGAAUAAGUUCUCGUUUAACACCGUUUGAAAAGUUACCUCGUAUAGGAAGUUCUCAUGAAUAUAUUCCUCGCCCACCUCAAUCAUUACAAUCAUCACAUUCGAAAUCGAAUCCACGACUGAAACAAAUAUCUAAACCAGUAGAACCAAUUUUAAUUGCUAUUCGUUUACAUGAUGGAAGACGAUUAGAAAAAGAAUUCAAUACAAAUAAUAAAAUUCUUGAUAUAAUUCAAUAUGUUAAAUCCGAAGAAAAUGAUCUUGAUGAUGAGUUUUAUCUGAGUAGUGGAGACGUGCCAAAAAGACAAUUUAAAGAUUUUAAUUUAACACUCUUGCAAGCGAAUAUUAAAACACGCACUGUUCUUUUUAUUGAUAGAUAA